UUCACAGUCGAGCUCAAUCCUACUGUGAAACACAAAACGCAAAACCCUAAAAACCCCACCACCAAUUGCCCAAAUUUGCAUUUGCAUGAUCUUGGUGGAAAAAGGGUCCGAUAAUAAAUGCCAAAAUGAGAGGAAGCAUUGGAAUCGGAAGAAAACUCCCAAACCCCAUCAACAUUUCCAAUGCCGCCGCCAAACAUACCAUAAUCCCCUUCUCCACUUCCUCUGGCGGUCGAGGCCGUGGACGUGGUGGCUCUCCGCCGACUGGUGGUCCCAUACGAUUCGGUGUUGAUUCGGCACCGCGAGCUCCUGGACAGCCGGAGUCCGACGACUCCCAACCCGACCCAUUCGGAUCGGCGAUUGGACAUGGCCGUGGUAAACCCAUGGUUCCUUCGUCCCCAGUGCCCCCCUCCUUCGCUUCCUCCAUCAAGCCACCUACUGCAGCUGGUCGUGGCCGAGUUCCGAGUCCACACUCGGAUGAGGUCCAACACUCCGAACUACCCAAGAGACCCAUUUUCUUCAAAAGGGAAAGUGGGCCGGAAUCGGCGCGGCCACCACCACCACCACCACAGAGUACAGCGCGACAAGUCCGCAUAUCGGACGGAGGAGGGGAGAGUAAUCUUCCGGAGAGCAUUCGGUCGUUGUUGUCCGGUGCUGGAAGGGGAAAACCCAUAGAGCAGCCGGUGCCGGAGGCCCAAACCAGUCAAGAGAACCGGCAUUUACGAGCGGCAAAGAAGGUCGAGGCUCCUGGGAGACGCGGGACCGGGCAGUCAAGGAUGAGCCUGGAAGAGGCCGUGAAGCAUGCGAGGGGGAUAUUAUCGCGGGGUGGUUACGGCGAGGGUGAGGGUGAGGAGUUGGGUGGGGGUGGAGGAAGAGGCAGAGGGUUUAGAGGGAGAGGUGGGCGUGGGAGAGGAAGAGGGAGAGGGGAUUGGAGAGAGAGGGGGAGAGGGCAAAGGGGUCAGCUUGGGGACUCUGAGGAUGGAUAUGGUGCUGGGUUGUAUCUUGGGGACAAUGCUGAUGGUGAGAAGUUGGCUAACAGGCUUGGAACUGAGACCAUGAACAAAUUGGUCGAAGGCUUUGAGGAGUUGAGUCACAACGUGCUGCCUUCGCCCUUGGAGGAUGCUUACCUCGAUGCCUUGCACACGAAUUUCAUGAUUGAGUUUGAACCGGAGUACUUGAUGGGGGAUUUUGAUAGAAAUCCAGAUAUUGAUGAGAAGCCGCCUAUGUCUCUAGGGGAAGCACUUGAGAAGGUGAAGCCGUUUUUGAUGGUAUAUGAGGGAAUACAGAGCCAAGAGGAGUGGGAGGAAAUCAUAAAAGAGACAAUGGAAACAGUUCCAUUGUUGAAGGAGAUUGUUGAUUACUACAGUGGACCAGAUACAGUAACUGCGAAGCAACAGCAACAGGAAUUAGAAAGAGUUGCAAAAACUCUUCCUGCAAGCGCCCCUGAUUCUGUAAAGCAGUUUACUGAGCGUGCAGUCCAAUCGCUCCAGAGCAACCCUGGCUGGGGAUUUGACAAGAAAUGCCAGUAUAUGGAUAAGUUGGUGUGGAAGGUUUCUCAUCUGUACAAGUAGUCUUGAAGAAAGCUCAUUCGAAACAUCUAAACUCUGGACUAAAUACAGCUUGGUUUUUAUCCCUGUUUGAGAGACUGAAGAUGCCUCAUGGUUCUGAACCUUUUCCAAAUCAGUUUGAACAUGUUUCAGUUUUGCAAUGUUAUAGCAUACUUACAUAAGAGAAGCGCAUUGUAUCUUUAAUAAUUUAGGCAAACAUUAAUGCUUACAGCCAUGGUAUCUUUGUGCUUUCUUGAGGGGGCUAAGCUUGUUGAGGCUGCCAUAAAGAUCCUUGUGUAUUUUUCGUAUGGUUGAUAUUUAACAUAAAAAUUCUUUUUGGAAGGA